AUGGAAACCAAACCGCAAAGUCCAACAAAAAAAUUAAGUCGCCAUUCAAGAACUGAACUUAUAAAACUACGUGACAAGAAUUUGCAAAUGUUGAGCAACCCGUCUUUUGUCGAAACUUUGCCUGACAAGGGGGAUAAAUUAAGAGAGACAAAUGAGAUAAUCAAAAGCUUAUUAACAGAUGGUCGCACAGCCACAUCAUUUGAUGAAAUUACAGUGUCUAAUACGUUGGGUUUUCAAGACUGUCCGUUGACUAAAAAAUUGGAAGAAAUGUCUGUGUUAACACCACGUCAGGGAGCCAGAAAAAGAUCCGUUGACCAUGCAAAUCAGCAGGCUUUUAACCCUUAUGCAUCUCCUGGUCUCUUGACCAAGCCAAGAAGAAGUCAUGGUAGUUGUCCUUCAAUUUUUUAUCCUCAUCAGCGUGAACCGCCCGCCGUGUGUGACAUGAAGCCAAAAGUAAGGAUGAUCACUUUGGAUGAAAGUGUAUCGCUUCAAACAGAACAAAGAUCAUCAGUGAUAGAGAGCCAUAAAGAGCUUGAUAUUGCAAAACCCGGUAGGAGUCUCUUGAGGUCUUUAAAUCUAUCAAUAGAUUUAAUUCAAGAAGUAGACAUUGACCAGGUUGAACUACCAAAUGAUGAUUCAGAUGAUGCAUAUGAUCCCAUGCUCAUUGAUUAA